AUGGUGAACGUACUCCAAUAUGGCCCCGCUUUCAAAAUACUGGAUUAUCAUCCUGGAUGGCUCAAGAUGGGAAUCUAUGACUUGGAGGAGGUGUCUGGAAACAACUGGGCCCGAUGGGAGAUCGAUUGUCGCACGGGGAGAAGCUGGUGGGACGAAGGGUAUCUGUUGCCGCAGAAUCUCUCAGAUGCCAGCAUCCUUUAUGUUCGGACGACGGAGGUACCACGAGUAGUCGAAUCAGUGCAGCAGAUAUUGCACGGCCUUUAUCCUUCGGAGUCAAACCAUACGUCAACUCCUUGGACUGUUGCUAUGCGCUCCAGAGCAGAUGAGACGCUACUGCCAAACACAAAAUCCUGUGCCAGGCUAGCCGAGCUUACUAGAGCAUUUGCUCGGGAUGCUGCAAAUAGGUGGAAUCAGAGCGACGACAUGAGAUAUCUAUCUAAAAAGCUGGGUAAAUGGAUGCCUGGCAACAAAGCAUUGACUUUGGACUCCCGCCCGACGUUAUCAGCUCUCAUGGACACCAUUAAUGCAACACGUGCCCAUGGACCCAGCACUCGGCUUCCCGAUGAAUUCUACGACGAACGUGUGCGUGAGGUAAUUGAUAGAAUUGUGAUUGAUGAGCAGUUUCGUGGUUAUGGUCUUUCUCGCGAACUGCGGAUUCUUGGCGUAGGUCAACUAAUGGGAGACAUAGUCCUCAAGAUGGUUGACCAAGUAGAGUGGAGAAUGAAGUGCGACACGCUAGGAGGCACUGCAAUGCGAUCAGGCGGACCUCCCAAGUUAUCGCUCUUAGGUUGUCAUGAUCGCACCAUUGGCGUAGUGCUAGCGAGUCUUGGUUGCCUUGGAGACAGUGAACAAUGGCCACCAUUCACCAGCCAUAUCAUUUUUGAACUGUUCAGCAAGAGAACACCUGGCGACUCAGACUUGAAAGAAGAUAAGCGGAAUUGUCUGCCGAGGAACGCAAACACCAGCUUGACUUCAAUUGCCGACCAAGGGGGCCUGAGCAAACUGCAAGGCAUUGGGCAACGGCCAGUCACGAAAUGUACAACGAACGAGGAGCAGACACUCGACGAGUACUUCGUAAGAGUCAAAUAUAAUGACCGCAUCAUGACAAUCCCUGGAUGUCGAGUACCUGGGAAGCAUUUUGAUGGAGACUCGGCCUUCAAGUCUAUCGUAGACAGACCUGGUGUGUGGCAUGAGAGAGCUGGCGACAAUGAUAUAGAUGGCUUCUCGACCUCUGGUCUGGUUGUAUUUGAAGGGAAGAUUCUCCCAGAGUUCAUCAUGAAGCUCUCUAAUACGACAGUUAAGAACCAGACCCCGCGUAUCGGGAACUACACCUCCAAACCUUACGUACCAGCUUGCUCUACCCAGCCAAAUGCCCUUACUGGUGACCCAUCGCAUCCACGCAACUUCAGAGGGGCCAGACAGAUCAUGAUCCUAGAUCCUACAUGA